GACCGGGAUGAGAGAUACGUCAAUCAGGAAAAAGAUAUGCUGGAUCAGCGAAUGCUACUCCAACGAACUCCAUCCGAAGCUUAUGUGUCGUAUGUGUCUACUAAGGCACGGACAGUAAUGUCCCAGUUGGGGUAACUGUAACCUUGCAUUUUUUCCUCCCUCUCCCUCUCGGGUUGCACUACUUGCGUCGCUCAACCACGAUUCUUGGACUCUUCUUUCGCAUCGUUCCUGUGGUGUAAGCCAUAAGGGCCCUUGAGACGCACAAUGGAGGCCGCAAAGGACAACAAGAUCACCCCAGCGACACGCGCUGAAGGGUCACUUCGCGAUGGAUCCGUAGAUGGCGAGAACGUCAAGAAGAACAACUACGACGACGAUGUGGUUCAAGUCGUCGACAAGGCCGCCGAGAGGGCCCUCUGCAGAAAGCUGGACCUUCACAUCUUGCCCGUUCUGGCCGUGAUGUACCUGUUCAACGCACUCGAUAAGGGAAACCUAGGUAAUGCCGAAACCGACGGCCUAAGCACAGAUCUCGGCUUCAAAGAUGGCCAGUACAACCUCAUCGUCAGCAUCUUCUUCGUGCCCUUCGUCGCGGCCGCGCCGUUCGUGGCCCUCAUCGGCAAGAAAUUCGGCCCAGCCAUCGUCCUCCCGAUUCUCAUGUUCACCUUCGGCACGAUGACGAUGCUUAUGGCUGCCGCGCAAAACUUUGGCGGUGUCUUUGCAUUGCGAUGGUUCCUCGGCAUGGCAGAGUCGGCGUUCUUCCCUCUGGUCAUCUAUUAUCUCACUACCUUUUACCGUCGCGGUGAGCUUGCGCGACGGCUGGCUGUCUUCUAUGCCGCUUCCAAUAUCGCAAACGCGUUCUCCGGUCUUCUGGCAUUCGGUGUGUUCCACAUCACCAACACCAAAUUGCAUCCUUGGCGAUGGCUCUUCAUCAUUGAGGCCACUGCGACUAUUUUAUUCUCGUUCUUUGCGUUCUGGUAUCUUCCUCGCAGCGCUGCGGAAGCGAAGUUCCUCACGGAGGAGCAGAAGCAACUUGCUCACCAUCGCAUCCGAGUCGACAGCUCAUCCGUGGUUGGUGAGAAGAUGAAGAUCCGAGAAGCAGCCAAGGUUUUCAAGCAUCCGACAACGUUCGGCUUCCUCGCCAUCGAGAUCUGCCUUGGCGUCCCGCUCCAGAGCGUCGGUCUCUUCAUGCCCCAGAUCGUGCAGCGCCUGGGAUACAGCACCAUCAAGACGAACCUCUACACAGUGGCCCCGAACGUCAGCGGUGCUGCCAUGCUUCUCAUCCUCGCCUUCCUCUCGGAUUGGCGACGACUUCGGUUCCCAUUCAUCGCCUUGGGUUUCAUGCUCACGUUCAUCGGCUUCAUCAUCUACGCUGCCAUUGACGAUGUCGAAGCUGAGAUCAAGCUCGCAUAUUAUGCGUGUUUCAUGAUGACCUGGGGAACUUCAGCACCGAGUGUCCUUCUAUCGACUUGGUACAACAACAAUGUGGUCAACGAAAACCAGCGUGUACUCCUGACUUCAAUCGGUGUCCCGCUGGCGAACCUCAUGGGUCUUGUGAGCAGCAACAUCUUCCGCAAGCCAGAUGCUCCAAAAUAUGCGCCCGCAUUGAUCACAACGGCGGCAUUUGGCGUGGCUGGUGCCUCGUGCGCGCUCGCUCUAGGAUUCUUCAUGAUGUGGGAUAACCGAAAGAGAAACCGGGCCGAAGGCGUGACCUUGACUGCCAGUGAAGUCCCGACAUCGAAGUUGGGCGACGGACCUAAGAGCCCUCACUUCCGCUGGUUCUUGUAAGAUUACAGUGAUUAUACAAUGAAGCGAGCUGUGUUAUCCCUCAGCUAAGUGUGAAACCCAGUCAGGUUGAAAUACCCCGCUGCGAAGCUCACACGUACAUACAUUAUCUAGUCUAUAUUUAUUAUAUAGGCCCAAUGAACCCAUGACUGUAUACUGCUUGGCUUGCCUGCACCACCGUGAGAUCUAUCUCGAUGCGAUUUGCUUCAAAUCAUCGCGAUGGUAUUUGGAAUUGAAACGUCCAAAUAGAGUUGUGCUGAG